CGGUGACUGCACCGUCUUCACAGACAGUAGUGAGGCGUGUGUUAGACUAGUUCCUCUGUGGCUCACUGCAGGUGAUAGCAGUAUAAUGGAGGACUCCCAACCUCUGUUGAGGUCUGAGGAGAGGAGGCAAAACUGCCACUACAGAUGGAGCACUCACACUCUGGAGUCGAAGGUGGUGGAGGAUUUCAGACGAAGGCUCAAGUACUUCUUCAUGAACCCCUGUGAGAAAUACAGAGCCAGGGGUCGCAAACCUUGGAAACUGAUGUUACAGAUAGUAAAAAUUGCCAUCAUCACAAUCCAGUUAGUGUCUUUUGGCCUGAGCAACGAAAUGAUGGUCACCUUCAAAGAUGAAAAUCUGAUGACUUUCAGACAUCUUUUUCUCAAAGGAUACAAAGAUCACCGGCUGGGAAGCUAUGCACUUUACACGAAAGCGGAUGUGUAUGAUCACAUCGACUACAUUAUCAACAGGUACAUCGAUCUCCAGAACCUGACUGUAGGUAAUCUUGCAUAUGAGAGGGCUGAUGGCGAGUACACUCCUUUGUCUGUCUGUCAAGAGUUUUACAGAAACAGCAGCAUUGAUCCUGGGAACGGAACCUUUGACAUUGAUCCACAUAUUGAUAAAGAUUGUAUUUCCAUAUACCCUGUGCAGUUGUUUGGCAACCGCAGUUUGGCCACUCACUUCAACUUCUCUUUAGAUUUCAAAAGGCUGCUAUCAGUGAACAUCUACCUAACACUGAAAACCAUCAAUCUGCAGACGGUGCGGCACCAUGAGCUACCAGACUGUUAUGACUUCCAUAUAAUGAUCAUGUUUGACAACCAUGCACACAGUGGAAAGAUAAAAGUUGAUGUUAAAAAUGAUGUUAGAAUUUACGAAUGCAGGGACUGGAACGUGGAAGGCGCCUCUGGGAAGAAUGAUUAUCUCCUCUUGUGGUUUGACUCUGUGGUCAUCCUCGCAUGUUUCACCUCUCUCGUCCUCUGUACUCGAUCUGUCAUCAAUGGCAUCCAACUCCAGUUUGAGUUCAACAUAUUCUUCCAUGCAUACUACAAUAAAAUUGUCACUUGGUCAGACCGCAUGGAGUUUGUGAAUGGCUGGUAUAUCCUCAUCAUCGUCAGCGACACAUUGACCAUCGCUGGGUCAGGGCUUAAAAUUGGAAUUCAAACAAAGUUCCUAACAAACUAUGAUGUCUGUAGUAUCUUGCUGGGAACAGCCACCAUGCUUGUCUGGGUUGGUGUGAUUCGUUACCUUGGUUUCUUCAGGAAAUACAAUAUCUUAAUCUUAACCCUGAGAGCGGCGUUGCCGAAUGUGAUCCGAUUCUGCUGUUGUGCGGCCAUGAUCUACCUUGGGUACUGCUUCUGUGGUUGGAUAGUGCUUGGCCCUUACCAUGACAAAUUCCGAACACUCGACAGGGUGACAGAGUGUCUCUUCUCUCUCAUCAACGGCGACGACAUGUAUGCCACCUUCCUCAACAUGAGAGACAAGAGCUACAUGGUGUGGCUCUUCAGCAGAAUCUACCUCUACUCCUUCAUCUCCCUCUUCAUCUACAUGGUGCUCAGCUUGUUCAUUGCUCUCAUCACUGACACCUACGAGACCAUCAAGCAUCAUCAACAAGACAAGGUGCCAGUGUCCCAGCUGCAGGCCUUCAUAGCAGAGUGCAGGGACCAGCCUGAGUCUGGAAGAUACCAGACGGAUGAAGAGCCAGCGUCCUGCUGCCUCUGUCCAUGCUGCUGCUUUGGAUGAUGUGAGGAGAUGUAGCAUGAGCCUAUGCCAAGUAUAGAGUAGUAGAGUUAGCAUCUUACUCAAGCAGAAGUUUUACUGGACUUGCUGAAAACAGCUGUAAAGUAAAAUACAAAAACUUUUGUUGAAGACUGCUUUAUGGUCACCUUAAAAGAGCCAAUGUGCUAUCCUCAAGGUAACAAUGUCAGUAUUAAUAUGCAUUACCAACCAUUUCCUCUUCAGUGCAGUGGUGGAUAACUUUAUACUUUCAAGAAAGAUUUCUCAGAUUUUUACCUUAAGAAGAAAAAACCUCCAAUGCAAACUUAAGAGGACUUUUGUCCUGACUGCACAAUAAUAACACAAGUGCACAAGCGGUAGAGUACAAUACUUCAAAAAUCUAAAUGAAGGUUUACUGGUUUUAAAAUCAAACUUACCCUGAAUGUACUGAAAUUUGUUGCUUUUCAUCUGUUGUACUGUAUGUGUUGUAGGCCUACUGUUAAUAUUUUCUGUGCAUAUUUUCUGUAUACUAUACUGACAUAUGAACUAUAUGGAUUACUUCAAUGGUUUUACUUGCUGUUUCUAUUUAUUUUUUGCACCUCUGACCAAAUGACCAAAUUUUCUUUAUUUGCCAAUUAAGUUGAUUCUGACCGAUGUUCUGAUCAUAUUCUAUAUCCUAUUCUAUUAUGUCUCAACAUUUUACUUUCACUGAAGAAAAUAAAAUGUAUCCCACAGUAGUGC